GGUUUUGAAUUCAUACCCGAUAAAAGGAAUGUGUCCAACAUGGGGUGGAUUCCAUAUCCGAGUCCUCCGAGUGCCUUUCACGCUAUUUGCAUUGGAGGAGUCACAGGCUAUUGUGAAAGGCUCACGGUUGUGAACGGUCAUUUGGGCUGGGGCAACGAGGGCGUGAUAUCCGAGCAGGCCAAUGUCAUUUGCGACGACGGCUACAUGUUAAAUGAAAAGAUCACCUGCGAGUUCUUCAGCAGAGUUCGGGGAAUUUGGAGCAAUGGCGUGACCCAUAUUACGUGUGUCCGUAAGCCUGCUUACUGCCCAAGUCCAGUGAAGACUAGGAAUGGCACGGUGAACGCAACCGGCCGUCAUCUGGGCGCCAUCGUAACGCUGACGUGUCCCAAGACGUUCAAGCCACUGGGUCCAAGUCUAGCCGUGUGCCUCACGGCACUAAAUGGUCAAGGGAGGUGGACAGCGGAUCUGCACUGCACAGAUGACUUCGACAAGUGUCCUCGUUAUGAUGUCGAACAUGGCAGCCUCAAGCUGAACACCGUAACGGGAAAACAGCCCGAGGCUAACGUUUCCUGUUACCCGGGAUACGUACAGGCCAACGGUGAGACGACAUCGCAUUGCCUGCGGGGCGCAUCGGGAGCGUUCGACUGGGUACCUCGUUUGUCAUGCAUCUUUCUGCACAACUAUUGUGACUGGCCGAAUGCAAGUAAUGGAGAUAUUUCCGUUAGCUCAGACAACUGCACUAUCGGCAGCAACUUCACGCUCACCUGUGAAAGAGGAUUUGAGUCCACCUCAACCGAAGGCUUCUGCCUGGCGGGAACGGCAACGAAGGGAAACUGGAGUGCCCAGCCCCGAUGCUCACUGAUGGAGGGAUUCUGUGACCCUCAUCCACCUGUGUUACACGGCUCACUUCCACCUCUGGAAAUCAAUUCCCGGCACAUGAUCAUAACAAACCUAACAUGCUCUCCAGGCUACAACGCAUCGGGUGAAGCAGUAUGCCUGGAACGCUCCUCACGGCGUGGCUACUGGAACAGCAGUUUAGCCUGCAUAAAACUGCAUAGACCUUGCGAAAACGUAAUCACGCAGCACGGGACUUUAUCGGGUAACUACACAAAUGCAGGUAUAGGGGACACGUUCACGGUGAGCUGUGAUGAGCGCUACUCUGCAAUCGCCGGCGUUAACUUUGAGUGUCUACCGUUCAACAGCAGUCAUAGUGUAUGGAAUGCCACUGCAACUUGUUCAGAUGUAAAAGUCUGUCCAGGGGAAUCGUACAGACUAUUCUCACCGCCUCAGCUCGCUCAGCUCGACUACAUGAGUGCCCAGGCUGAAUGUAGGCGGCUGGGUGCCAAUCUUCCUCACACGCAUAACCUGCCCUGCCUGAACCAGUUCACUACAUCCAUGUCAAGCUGGACCAACCGACUCUGGAUGAGAACUGCAGAGCGAGAGAAGGCAGUUAUUGAAGCGUCCAUGACAAGCUCCGGAACAAUGGAACUUACCGCGGUCAAGCUGAACUUCGUCUGCAGCAUCAAAUAUUCCUAUGCCUGUUCAUCAGUGAGUGGCAGGUUCUACUAUCUUAAGGACCACUUCACGCUGUUGGACCAUGCCGCGGCCGAAAAGGCGUGUCUCGCCACCGGCUCUCGCUUGCCUCAUCCCGGCAAGCUGGCCUGUGUGCAGGAUCUGUUACGUGAGAACGGCGAUGCACAGGUUGCCUGGAUGUGGGAGACUAUGGGACCCGGUAACGCCCUGGCCAGUAACAACACCGUGAUCUCGGACAGUGCGCGCUUGCGCGUGAUCUGCGAGCAGGCCUCUUACCCGGACUACUGUCCGUUUUUGAAAGUCGCCAACGGUUACCUGACCUACCCGAGUGGCAGAGUGCUGGGUGCCAAGGCAACGGUGACGUGCAAUGAGUCAUUCUCACUCCUGGGCGAUGCCAGUGUGGAGUGUGUCACUGCUAGCAACCCGGCGAGGAGAUGGAGGCAAAACGUGGCCUGUAUAGUCGACGUCAACUACUGUGGGAAACCACCGGACUUGUCCAAUGGCCGACAGACGGUUCCUUCUAAUCGUAGUCGCGGAGCUGUCGUCAAGUUUCAGUGCAACAACGGCUACUUCAGCAACAGUUCUUCCUCGACGUGCGUCACCGGAGCUGCGAGUGGCAGUGGUCAUUGGGAGCCUCUGCCAAUGUGUCAACAUUACUUGUCUUUCUGCUCACUGCCAAACAUCGCCAAUGGUCAUCUCCUCACACCGGCACCAGUAGCACGCCAUGUUGGGUCUGUUAUCAGAUUGCAGUGCGAUAGCGGGUUCUCAGUGCGCGAAGGAAAGGUGUUUGUAUGCAAGAUCCACAAUGCCACGUCUGGUGUGUGGAAUGCGUCAGUCCAGUGCCAAGACGACAAUGAAUGUACCACAGGUGUUCACAACUGUGCAGCGCAGCAGAAAUGCCACAACACUCCCGGCUCCUUCAUCUGUUGUCCGUACGGCUUCAGCUUCAAGGCAGGUGCAUGUCACGAAAUGCCCAGUUACUGCAAGCCCGCCACAGUGACAAACGGAUCUCUAUCAAACAAUACUGCAUUGCCACUUGAUGCAGCGGUCACCGUGACCUGUCACCAUGGUUACCAGCUUCCCAAAGGCUCGGCAUCUAAAUCUACGUGCCGUCCACAAUCACUGAAUCAUGGACAAUGGAUACCUACACCGACUUGUGAAAUUCAACCUGGAUAUUGCAUGGACCUGAGCGUCGACCAUGCCACAUUGUCUUACAGCAGCGGUGACGGCAGAAUACUACAUGACCGCGCCACGAUCGUGUGUCACGCCGGGUUUUUACCGGUGGGUGUCACCACGGCCACCUGCCAAACGGGCACGUCGUCAGCGGGCGACUGGAGCGCCGUACUGGAAUGCAAACUCGACCCACACUACUGCACUCACCACGGCGCAAUUCAAAGCGGCAAUGUGUCUCGUCAUGGCAGCCGGACUCUAGGAACAGUUGCCAAGGUUACCUGUCAUGACGGAUACAUUGCGACGGCUGGUGCACUAUUGUGGUGCAUAGCUACAUCAGGCAGCAAGGGCAAGUGGAACGAGACGGCGAAUUGUGAACGCAAAGCUGGAUACUGUCCACCGCUGGUGUCCCUCACCGGUUCACUGACACGUGUUGGUGGUGGGCCAGCUGGGAACGGCCAUUCUGGAAAGGUUGGCGACCUUGUGAGACUGGCUUGCCCACCUAGGUACUACCCGGUCAACGGGCCCUUAAUUGCAUGUGUCAUCAUCAAUGCCGCAACGGGAAAAUGGAACGCUUCGGCAACGUGCAAAACUGAGUUCAAAUGUAGUGGAAACAAUAUCAAGCUGGUGUCUCCUUUGAGCGAUGUGGUCCUCUCCUACCAAUCUGCCAAGGCCAAGUGCGCCGAGAUUGGUGGAAUCCCUCCGUCACUGGCCGCAUUGAGCUGCCUGCGCUCCUACCUGGCCCUCAAGCAGGACGGCAAUGAGUACUGGGUUGGAGGGCAGUCUGCGCGCACCAGACACGAGAAUGUGGCCCACGACAGCAAGCUGCGGAUUGUCCAGGUCACCGCAAUGCUGAAAGUUGCCUGCGAGAUCACAUAUGAGUACGCGUGCUCCUUGACUAACACCGUCUUGUUCACGCCGAGUGCCGAGACCUCUCUGGGAGACUACCUUUCUGCAUCGACGGUCUGCUUCGGCCUAGGCGCUCAUUUGGCUGACCUGCACGAGGUUUCCUGUGUGAAUUCUCUGCUUCAACUGAGCGGUGAUCGGACCAAUGCUUGGCUGAGGGAUAGGCUAAGUGUAGACAUGGCGUACACUACCAAUGCUUUCGGCAAGGCUGUCCUCGUUAGUCCUACCACAACUCGACAUCGAAUUAUUUGUGAGAGAUCAGGCGCUGAUGAUGUUUGUCCAAGAAUGCACGCAUCAAAUGCUACGAUAUCAUAUUCGCGUGGACGGCAAGACUUGUCAAAAGCUUCUAUACGUUGUCUUCCUGGCUACACUACAAACGUCACCAGCUCAACCUGUGAUAGAACUGAGGCAGUCGGCUGGCUCAAACUGUUAUCAUGUCAAGCCGUCGAGAAUUUUUGUCCAAGUCUAAAAUUGCCCUUGAAUGGAAGCAGUUUGACAUACAGUAAUUCUAAUCUCACAGAAGGUAGCAUAGCGUCACUGACCUGCUCUUAUGGAUACCUUCCCAAAUAUGGUGAUGUUGUGAAGUGCACUGCCUCUCCUUCAGGGGCAGGGAUUUGGAAUGCCAGCGUCGAAUGUGAAAAAAUAACACACUACUGCGCCGGCUUUCACGUGAAGAAUGCAGCCAUACCCAGUCAAGCCGCAAGGAGAAUAUCGGACACGGUGGCCGUGGAUUGUCAGCUUGGCUAUGCUGCGACAAACGGCACGCGGAUACAGUGUCAGCAGCUCACUGCAAGCAUGGGCCAGUGGAGUGCGACACCCGGCUGCGCUUUGAUACCGACGUAUUGCAAUUCCUCUCUAGUGGUGAUUAGUGGUCACCUGGGCAACAUUUCGGGCACAUCUCUGGGCGCCACUGCAACUCUGGUGUGUAACGUGGGAUCAUCUGCUAGCGGUGCAGACUUAACCUACAGGUGUAGCAGUGAAAAGGCUAAGCACGGCGUCUGGAAGGGAGCAUCACGUUGUCAAGAUAUCGUCAACUAUUGCCCAGCGUUUAAGCCAGUACAUGGAACAGUGACGCAUGAUGGGCAGCGUCAGGUCGGCACUCCGGCAAGGCUGAACUGUGAUUUAGGAUACGUGGCUAAGAAAGAGUUGGUUCUCGUGUGCCAGAAAGUCAAUGCCACGCACGGACGAUGGAGCUCACCGGACGUCUGCACUGUGAACACAAACUUCUGCAACCACCACGGGAAAGUCCCUAAUGGUCAGGUGAUCUACCCCACUGGCAGGCAUCACGGAGCAGUUGCCAACUUUUCCUGUAACCCUGGCUACCAGGCGACCGACGGCAUAUGGCUGUGGUGUACGACAGCAUACUGGGGAGGGAGAAUAUGGAAUGCGUCUGCUAGAUGUCAAAAAAUCAGCGACUACUGCCAGGCACUGCCCGUUGCCAACGCUACACUGAGCAGCCAAUCACGGGACAUGGAUGCUGCGAUAACGAUGAUAUGCAAUAAAGGUUAUGUUGCAACUGGCCGACUGACGUUCAAAUGCCAGUUUGGGAACGCCACCCACGGCCGAUGGGAUAAUAAUGCCAAGUGUUUAUUGAAAGAUGGCUACUGUCCAGCACUGAGUCCAACGCAUGGUUCGGUGAAGCAUCGUAAAGACCCCAGAUUACUGGAGAUGGCUGUGCUCACGUGUGACGCCGGUUUCAUCCCUGCCUCUGGCCACUCGUUCACGUGCGAGGUGUUAAGUGCCACGGCUGGCCGCUGGAGUGGCCAGGCGGAAUGUGUGCCAAACAAGGAUUACUGCAGGGAGCACGGCAACGUGUCCAACGGUCACAUACUGUACUUUGGACCCCGCGUGCUGGGCAGCGUGUCUCUCCUGCGGUGUAACCAUGGCAACGUUCCCGUGGAUACCGCCCGUAUCGCCUGUGUCCGCAAGUCACUAGCUGCCGGCCAGUGGAAUGCCAGCGCAAACUGCAAAAAGAAUACCUCCUAUUGUCCGCUUGUUCCCAUACACAACGGUCGCAUUACCAACGUCGAUGCCCGUGCUGAGCAGGACUUGCUGAAGAUCGUCUGUGACGUCGGCUACAGCCCGUCCAACGGCGACACUCUGAUUUGCCUGCAACUCAAUGCCACCACGGGCAUCUGGAACGACACCACCGGUUGCAAACCACUGGAGAAUUUCUGCCCAACUCUGUCGGUGGCCAAUGGAUACCUUUCAUUUGACAAAGGUCGCCAGCCCCGGUCUUCAGCACGACUCACCUGUGACGACGGUUAUCGGUGGAACUCCUCUCUUAUCUUCACGUGUGAUGUGCUCGAGAACGGUACUGGAGUUUGGAGUGGAACGCCAUCAUGCAAACUGAUGCUAGGCUACUGUCCUCACGUCAAGUUGCAGUACGGGGAGGUAGCUUACCCCGAGUACGGUGUUCUAUCAACACUGGCUCACCUAACCUGUCCAGCUGGGUAUAGCCCGGCGGACGGCUCUGUCUUCGUGUGCGAAGUCGACAGUCCGGAGGUUGGCCAGUGGAACACGACAGUGGAAUGCAGAGCCGACUGUUCCUCCGUUCAGGUAGCAAACGGCACCCUGACACACAUCACGGGUAGAGAUGUGCUGCAGAGAACGGCCACGCUGGAAUGCGAGCCGGGAUUCACGCCGGUCGACGACGCCACGGUGUUCUCCUGCAUGCCGUUCACCGCAACGCAAUCAAGGUUCUCAACGCAACCUGCUUGCCAAUAUAUACUCGAGUUCUGCCCGGCAUUGGAAGACUCGCUUGGCAACUUCACGUACGGCAGAAACCGUACCCUGGGGGAUAACGCCGUACUGGGGUGUAACACUGGCUACAAGCCAUCAUCCCAGACCUCUCCAACGUGUAUCUUCGAGGGAAGCAGGCAAGCAGGAAGUUGGGACCUCGCUACCGAGUGCAUAGUGAACACAGAGUACUGUCCCAAGAUUUUCUUCAGCAGGGGCGACACCCAAUACUCACAGCAGAGGAAGCUGGGAUCCGUGGCAACAUUCAAAUGUCACCCAGGUUUCGAAGCUACAACACAGGCCUAUUGCUCAGCUGCUCAGCCACUGCACGGUGUCUGGAGUACAGAUGAAACUUGCGAACCGAAGCAAGACUUCUGCAUACUGAACGUGGCCAUAGAGCAUGGCGAGCUCGAGUUCCCCAAUAACAAGACAGUCCUCUCGACGGCCACACUAGUCUGCGCCGCUGGCUACAUUGUUGAGGGCAACGACCUUCUGGAUUGUGUAGCUGUAGACCAUACGCAUGGCGUGUGGGUCAGCGAAGGCCACUGCAUUGAGGCAACAGAGACAACUACGCAAAAUCUCAUCAUUGCCCUGCCCAGUGUGGCUGCAGGCCUCUUCCUGAUCAGUGCCCUCGCGCUGCUCUUCCACGGCUACAUAAAGCGCUCGCAAUCCAAGCGCCACAUUGGCCACAUAUUCUCGCGCACCAUGAUGUCGCACAUGGACAAGAGCCGGCAUCCGGGCAGCAUGUCGGCGUACAGUAUGCCGAUCAGGAAAGGCAAGAAGCCAGCCAGCACGACGACCGCCCUCAUGGGAUCGUUCAGCGAGCCGGAGAUGCUGGAUGACCAGUACGACUGCUUCCCAGCCACCAGGGGCAGGGCAGACAGUGACAAUCGCAGUACUGCUAGUUACAAUAUGUUCAAUGGCAAAGGUAAUCUCAGAGCACUGCCAGAAUCAAAUGGCAACAAGCAGGCCGCCGGCAAAGCCAAGAAACCUUUGGUGUUGACAGAUUCAGGCUUCAUCUAUGAUGAGGGGAUGCUAAACGAUGGCAGCUACGAUGAGUUCGGCAAUGUCUCCCCGAGGGUGGCGCACUCACAGUCCGCUAUGCUGCCCAGUGAGCAGGAUAUUGCCGCUGCAAUUAGCUAUCGCAACAAUGUCCACCGGAAAUCACAGGUCGAGACCAGCUCCAUGUACGAAUCGUUUGCUUCGUGUGUCGACUCCGCGCAUCGGGAUCGUGCUCAUUCCAGAGGGGCUAGAGAUUUCAACGAGUUCGACUCUAUGCAUCGAGAUCGUGCUCAUUCCAGAGGGGCUAGAGAUUUCAACGAGUUCGACUCUAUGCAUCGGGAUCGUACUCACUCCAGAGGGGCUAGAGAUUUCAACGAGUUCGACUCUGUGCAGCAGAAUCGUGCUCAAUCCAGAGGGGCUAGAGAUUUCAACGAGUUCGACUCUAUGCAUCGGGAUCGUACUCAUUCCAGAGGGGCUAGAGAUUUCAACGAGUUCGACUCUGUGCAGCGGAAUCGUGCUCAAUCCAGAGGGGCUAGAGAUUUCAACGAGUUCGACUCUAUGCAUCGGGAUCGUGCUCACUCCAGAGGGGCCAGGGAGUUCAGCGAGUUUGCCAUCGGUCGACAUCCCAGCAUGUCCACUCCGCGCCGCAGUCAGCAACUGAGUCCGGCACCGCGCUCACCCAGCCCCGUCGGUGCUGGUUCACUCAUACACAGCUUGGACAGCAGCGGCGAGAGGGAGUUCGACACUGUCACCCUGGACUCGCGUCUAAUGCCAGGUUGGUAGAGCCGUUGGAGGACGCUGCUCCUAAUCCUGGCACAACAUGUAUACGUUAUGUGCAUUACAAUUAAAACGGACAUUUCUUCCCACUGUGUUUUCACACUGCAUGUGAAGGACAAUUGUGAUUCGGUCACCCUAGAUUCACGUCUAAUGCCAAGUUAGUAGAGCGGUUAGUUGUCGCUGCACAGAAUCCUGGCACAGCAUAUAAUUAAUUUGUUAUGUGGCCAUUGACACAUCAUGGACCUUUUUCCCACUGUGUUUUCCCACUGCAUGAGAAGGGUAUUUUGUGACACUGUCGCACACAUGUCUAAUGCCAGGUUAGUAGAGCCGUUAGAUGUCGCUGCACACGGUCCUGCACGGCAUGUGUACGUUGCAUCCACGACAACUAACGGACUUGCUUCCUCGCUGUGUUUUCACACUGCACGAGAAGGGUAUUUCUGAUACUGUGGCACUCGACAUGGGUCUAAUACCCGGUUUGUAGAGGCUACCAUCAUAUGCCGCUGAUCUGAAUCCUGCACAACAUAAUACUACGUUACAUCCAUGACACUUCGUGGACUUUUUCAUACUGUGUUUUCACACAAUGCACGAGAAGAGUGUUUAUCUGGUUGCAUGUACAUGUACAUGUAUCAAUGAUUGAAAACUUAGCUUCCAUUUCUAGGUCAUUAAUUUUGUCAUCUGCAUGGGAACAUUUCAUGAAUAUUUCUCCCUUCUCUAGCUCUUCAGAGCUUGCGAUGGAUUUUUUGAUGACGUUGCUGCCUUUCAUUCUCUUCAGCAUAUCUGCCCAUACAGAAUCUCCUAUCACAGUGAAGAGUUACACAGAGUUUGUAGAGGCUGCAAUCAGAUGUUGCUGAUUACAGCACAACUUAUGUGCUGUAUCCACAACACUUCGCUGACUGUUUUCCACGCUGUAUUAAAUUUCUUACGUUGCUCGACAAGAGGAUUUGAUUGUUUGCGUGUAGCAAUGAUUGAAAACUCAAUUAAUUUUCCUAGGGUUUUUUCACUUUCAUUAGAGCUUUUCACGAUUAUUUUUUUCUCCCUUCUCUUCACAGCUCUCAAUAGUUGUUUUGAGGAAAUGCAUGGUCUCGGCGCUAUGUCUGCUUGUACAAGAAUCUCCAAUUCUUGAACAUUAUUGUCAAGUUUACGUUACAACUGGUAGUGCAUCUGCCAUGUUUCAUAUCAUUUCAUUCAGCCUCACCUGAGCACACCUAGACACUGAAAAACAAAAGAAUGGCAGAUACAAGC